AUGAUGGAUCUCCCAAUAGGAUCUGAGGAUGGAGCCAUUGGAGCUAGGGCGUUGUUAGAGAUUACUCCGGUGCUUGGCUUGGUGGUUUCUCUGCAAACAUGGGCUUUUGGGCAAGUUCUGCAAGCUGAAUUAUGGGCUCUUUACCAUGGAAUUGUUUUGGUGUGCCACAAGGAAUGGUUCCCACUUGAUAUUGAAUAUGAUUCUCAAAUUGCCGUGCGAAUGCUUUCUUCAGAGUUGGUGGAAGAGCAUCCAUAUUACAGUUUGGUGACUAGUUACCAGAAGAUGCUUAGGUCCAAAGAUUGCAAUUUUUCUCAUAAAUAUAGAGAAGGAAAUUGCCUUGCGGAUAAAUUGGCAGCUCUGAUCUCAAAACUAGAUUUGGGGUGUAGUUUUUGGGAGGGUGUGCCUGAAGGGUUUGGACAUUAUCUACUGGAAGAUUUGAGUGGAGCUGCUAGACCUAGAAUGGGAACUUGA